UAGUUUAUACCCCUUUGCUUUCCAUUCAAGCAACAUCUAUUGUCAUCCCUUUCAACAUCAACAGUAGCUUCAAAAUGAUAACCAUGGCUGCUACUGCUAAACCCAUCUUCUCUCUCCUCUUACUCGCCAGGCUCUCUGCUACACUCGUCGCCAUUCUUCUUCUUAGCUGGGCUCUCUACUUCACCACCAGCUUCCUUCCUCACACACUCUCUCAACGAGACCUCAUUUACUCUGUUCUGCAUCCUUUAUUGAUGGUGAUUGGUUUCAUUCUCAUAAGCGGAGAGGCUAUAUUGGUGCAUAGAUGGUUGCCUGGUUCAAGAAAGAGGAAGAAAAGGGUGCAUUUGUGGCUACAAGGGGUGGCAUUUACAAGUGCGAUAUUUGGGAUUUGGACAAAAUUUCAAGGGAGAGAAGGGGUAGUAGCUAAUUUCUAUAGCUUGCAUUCUUGGAUGGGUCUUCUUUGUGUUUCUCUUUUUGGAGUUCAGUGGUUGAUGGGUUUUCUAACCUUUUGGCAUAGAGGCGAAGCACGAAUGAUCAGAAUACAAGUUUUGCCUUGGCAUGUUUUUAUUGGUCUUUAUACAUACGGACUAGCUGUGGUGACAGCUGAAACCGGACUUCUUGAGAAGCUAACUUUCUUGCAAACCAAUGGAGUUGUAUUGAAACACUGCAAUGAGUCAUUGAUCGUUAAUGGUUUGGGGCUUGGGUUAGCCAUGUUAUGUGGGGUUGUGAUAUUAACCACAGUCUCAUCCAAACAAUAUCAAAGUAUUCCCAAAACAAAGGUCAUGUACUCAGAUAAUAAGUACUUGACUCCGUAGUUUAAUUCAUGUACAUAUGCAUGCUAAUGUGUGAAAGUGACUUUACUUGGUUCUUAAAUAACAUUUUUAUCCAAA